CACAGAGAGAGGCUGCAGCAACAGUGAGAAAGAGAUAGAGAGAGAGCUAGAGAGAGAGAGAGAGAGAGAGAGAGAGAGAGAGAGAGAGAAGUGGAGCGGUGAUGGUCCAUCAACUGACAUUAUUAUUUUUCAGCCAAAUGUAAAUAGGCUACCAAUCAGAGUUGUAAAUAAUUGGAAAGCAAUAAAUAACGCUGACAAGUGUUACCCAUUUUUUUGUUGCACUCUUACAGUACAGCAGAUUCUCUCGUGUGUUUUGCAUUUAUCCUCUAUUGGCACGCGGGAGAAAGAGGCGCACUCUGCAGGGUGCGUUCAGCUCGCUCCUCCGUCGUACGCGAGCCUCUGAGAGGGAGCUAUCCAGUGCUGAAGUUGCAUUUCUUCCCUUCGCAAGACACGGCGUUGCAGGUAGAACAGAGAAACCUAAGCACUACGGGUUGGCUGGGGGUUUGUUUGACUGACUGGGUGUCUGAUACUCUACGCAGCCAGGCAUCCAAAAGCUCAGCCUUAAAUAUCCAGCUCUACAUUGGCGUUGCAUGAGGACAGUAACCCUGCCCUGGACGGUUGUUGUUUCGGUGCAACACCAGAAACAUGCCAAGGUCUUUCCUGGUUAAAAAGGUGAAGCUUGAUGAUUUUUCAUCCAGUGAUUUUGAGAGUUCUUAUGGACGAUCCAGGACCGACGUCAGUCUACGGAUUCACGAUAAAGGGUACAUUAGUGACUACAUCAGCCCGUCUGUCUACGAUGGAGAAAGCGACGGUGCCAUUAAAGUUCCCUCUCCGGAGCCACUCUACGAUGGAAUCCACAGCGUCUACGGCGCCCCAGACUCAGACCAGCCUGACAGUCCGCAGUCGGACGUCACCUCCGGCUACAUCAAUGGGGACACCGCGGUGAGUGAUUGCUACACGGUGGACGCGUUUUACAUCACGGACGGAAGGUCACGGAGGAAAGUAAUCAGCAGCCCCAGCAGCAGGAGCAUACAGCGUCACACAUGCAACGAAUGUGGGAAAACCUACGCCACGUCUUCCAACCUGAGUAGGCAUAAGCAGACCCACCGGAGCCUGGACAGCAAGAUGGCCAAGAAGUGCGCAACCUGUGGGAAAGUGUACGUGUCCAUGCCAGCAAUGGCCAUGCACCUGCUCACCCAUGACCUCAAGCACAAGUGUGACAUCUGUGGCAAAGCUUUCAGCAGACCUUGGCUACUGCAGGGCCACAUGAGGUCACACACGGGUGAGAAGCCCUUUGGGUGCGCACACUGCGGAAAAGCGUUCGCCGACCGCUCCAACCUGCGUGCGCAUAUGCAGACUCACUCCGCUUUCAAGCAUUUCAAAUGCAAACGGUGCGACAAGACCUUCGCUCUCAAGUCCUACCUGAAUAAGCACUACGAGUCCGCGUGCUUCAAAGGCGCGUUCUCGCCCUUGAGUCCUGAUCUCGAUGACUCUCCAUGACGUCCACAUUAAAAGUGCAGACAAAAACAUUAUAUUUUUGGUUGACUAAUUCUGCCAAACCUUUCCUAAAAUCCACCUCAACUUCCAGUGGAACCACAAUAAUAGCACAAUUUUUCUGUAUUCUCCUUGAAAUCCACCCGAAGGAAUUACUGAUGAUCUUCGCAUGCACUUAAAAAUCCUCUUCCUCCUCCAGUCACGUGGAUAGAAUAUACCUUCCACCGCGCGUAAAUAUGAAAUCAUAUAUUUUGAAAUGUGACGAAGAUGACAAUACUGGAUUGCUCCAAACAAAAGUCGAACAUUUUAAUGUUGGAUAAUAAUGUACUGCUGCAACUGACCAUACUCUCCGUUGAGGUAAAUGCCAUUUAUGUUUGUAUUAAUUAAUUAAUCUAUUUAUUUAUGUAUUUAUUUAUUUAUCUAUUUAUACAUUAGGCUAUUUAUAUGUAUUUGUUUAUAUAGUAUGUCUGACAUAUUGGUCUGUUUUUAUUUGAUACCACUACCUAUUAUUUGCACUUUAAUGUGUGAAUUUGCCAACCUCUCAUGAACAGGCCAAAGCGUUGUCACUUAUUCUUCGUUUACUACCAUUUUAAAUUAUUGCAUGCAAAAAUGAAAUCUAUGCCAGUAUCACAAAGCUUAUGAUUUUUUUCUUCUUCUCCAAAAUCUAGAUAGUAUCUGUUGGCAAUAUUUCUGUUGAAGCCACAUGACGAAUUAUAAA